GUCAGCUGGAGGCAGAGCCUGUGGUUUCAGCCGCGCAGCCAAAGCUGUGUGAGAACCCAGUGGAUGCUGGAUUUAUCCCCGCCGCCGCCACUGCUGCCGCUGCUGUUUCUCAGGGGCUGCCAGAGCAUGGACUAUUAAAAACUUGCAUUUCUGCAGUCUGAGCCAAGGAAGAGAGGCCAGAGCCCAGCUUGCAGCACCUGCUUCCCACUGCGUGCUUCCUGCUCACAUCUCUGCAGCACUCGGCAGACCUGCAGCUCCAAGGGCGUGUGAAGGUAAUAUUUUGACACCAACAUGGGAAAGCAAAACAGCAAGCUACGCCCUGAAGUCAUGCAAGAUUUGCUAGAAAGUACAGACUUUACAGAACACGAGAUCCAGGAGUGGUACAAGGGCUUCUUGAGAGACUGCCCAAGUGGACACUUAUCCAUGGAGGAGUUUAAAAAAAUCUAUGGGAACUUUUUCCCUUAUGGGGACGCUUCUAAGUUUGCGGAACACGUAUUCCGCACUUUCGAUGCCAAUGGAGAUGGAACAAUAGAUUUCAGAGAAUUCAUCAUAGCCUUGAGCGUAACAUCGAGAGGUAAACUGGAGCAGAAGCUGAAGUGGGCAUUCAGCAUGUACGAUCUCGAUGGGAACGGCUACAUCAGUAAGUCAGAGAUGCUGGAAAUCGUACAGGCAAUCUAUAAGAUGGUUUCUUCUGUAAUGAAGAUGCCAGAAGAUGAAUCAACACCAGAGAAAAGGACAGAGAAGAUCUUCCGCCAGAUGGACACCAACCGUGAUGGAAAACUCUCCCUAGAAGAGUUCAUCCGAGGCGCCAAGAGUGACCCAUCAAUAGUGAGACUCCUGCAGUGUGAUCCCAGCAGCGCCGGGCAAUUCUGAACCCAGUCUUUGGAUGAAUUAUGUAUCUGCUUUUUUUUUUUUCCUUGCCAAACAACAUUCAUGGUAGUGUUGCCUCUGUAUGGCCAAUUAUGCCUUCUUUUGUGGCAUCUUAUAGCUUCUUUUGUUGUGGAUUAAUUAUAAGAAUGCUGAAUUGCUCUUUACAAUUUGUCCAGAGCACGAGCAGUACUGUUUUAAACAGAUAUUGUGGUGUUAUCAUUGUUUUAAAGAUUAUUUUUUUUAACGUGUCUAUUUUGGAAAGUACACUUGAGAAGGACAAAACCAACAACAAAUCCUUGGCAACAAGACAUAAUGACAGGUUUUGGGUUGCUGCUUAGUAGCUGAGUAUUCACCCAGAGGACCUGAAAGUGUAGCAGAGAUUGAAGCAAGAGGGUUAUGAUGGGGUAGGACUCUCCUGGGAUCUCCUCUCCUGCCCAGGAGGCACCAGUGAAGCUCAAAGACAGGAUGAUGAAUGUGCACGACUGGUGAGGGCUGCACUGUCUGCACCCCUGCACCUACGCUUCAUUGUUUCGAUGCUGUGAACAUUUUCAAUGUUGUAAAGGAGAAGGAGGAAGAAAAAAAAAUAAUGCAAUCAACAGUUUUUACUUGGUUUACAGUGGUUGAUUUCACAUGGCUUUAUCUGAAAAUCCAGCAAUUUGCAGUCCUGAUCCCAAAAUCCACAACUGAUGAUACCUCUUGCCAUUUGGGGUCAGCAAAGGCAGACAUGGAUAUUAAAAACUGGGUAUUGACAAUGAAUUUAAGGGAGAUACAUGUUGAAUGUGAAAUUUUCAGGUUAGUAAUAAAGUAGUUUCUGCUAAGGAGAGCGGGCAUUCAGCCAAGGAACUGAUGUACACCUGCGAGCGGCUAGAACCGAAGAAAACCAGCUAUUUUGAAUGUUCUCGUGUAGUACGACAUUCUGGGGGUGUUUUUGUCUCUCUCCACAUAGCUAAUACAGUUUCCAGGCCUGCUCCUUGGGGAAGGCUGUCAUCAAAACUUGUUUUAAGCAUAAAGUUGUAGCAUUUAUAUUUCCUUCAUUUCAGUGAAGUUCAAAAGUCUGUACUAAAACAAGGAAAUGGUACGCUUUAUGGUAUAUUUAUAUAUAUAAAAAUUAAAACAAAACAAAAAAAAAGAUCAGCUCUGAGAGAAAUGUUGAAUGUUUAUCUUUUCGCCUAGAUGCAGGAGUUCUGAAAUUUGCUGCUGCAAACCUUUAUCCUUCGGUCAGAGUUGCUGCUUUCCAAGCUAGGGCGCAGACAUGGGAUUUCCUGGUAACUGUACAAGUGCUGCUGCAACAGAAAGGCUUUAGUGACUGGAGGCAUUAUGCUGACUAAAUUGGCGUUAAUCUGUCAUUAGCUGAAGGCUGCUCUGUGAUCCUGCUGGCGAGGUGUCCAUGUGGGCAACUCGCAGCCAUGGGGAGCCGAGAGCUUGGCAGUGUGACCUUUGCCUGACAGGCAAGGUUGGCGUUUUGUCAAGUGACCUUGUAGAUGCUAAUCCCCAGUAGCCUUAAUUUAAAAUAAACUAAGUAAAAUAAGUCUGCUUUGCAGAUGAUGAUUCACUAACUAGAAGUCAUGAAAAAGUAGCAGUGUGAAUAAUUUUUUGUUGAACACUAGGUAGCAUAUACAACUAAGAGAGAAGAAAUUCCAAGGCUUAAUUUCUCAUGAUCAUUUCCUUUGCCAGGAUUAAUAUGCAAAGCAUAUUAAAAUAAAAUGAAAAUAAAUUAAAAAUGGCAUUGUUAAUCAGUUGUACCAAAACGAUCGUGAGUGGUUAAUUACAUUCAGUGAGUAUGUUCAGAUACACACCUUUGUCUCAAAUGACUGCAGAAAGUCAACCGAAAGUUUAUUCCCGUGGCACUAAUUAAAAUCCUGAGCAGAGGGGUGUGGGGGAAGGUGAGAAGGUAGAAGCACACAGGUGCACAGACAUGAACAGCUUGCAAUACUUAGUGCUUUCAGCUGUUCUGAGCAUCACAGGCACAUUUUGCACUGAUUCUUACAGUUGAUGAAAAUGUUCCUUAGCUCUUGCUCUCUGACCCUCAUCAGAUACCCUGUGAACAAAUCUCACGCUGCAAAGGAGAUCCUGAGCCUCCCUUUCCGUAGGAGAAACCUGUGUCUGUCACCUCCCCACUGCUGCCACGAGCAGAGAUUCUACAGAGCACCUCCAGGCUCAGUGCAGGCCUCCAGCUCCAGAGCAGCCCAGGCCCACAAAAGCUGGCAUUUGCUGGGGAUGAAUUUGAAAAUGUGAUUGUAACUUUUAAAACUUUGCCUCUUAUUUAAGUGUCUGCAUUCCAUCUCUUUUCAGUUUUAUGAGACGUUUCUGGCCCAGAACCUCAUCUCAGUUUGGUUUUCUUGGUAGUUUGGAGAUUUCACGUGUUGGUGCUGUACAGCGUGUGUGUGAGAGCACAGCCUGCCGUGUGACCGCGGACCAGUGGAGAUGUAAUGCUUUCCACAGCUCACGAGGUCUGGAAGAGUGAGAGGUAGCUUACAGCUGCAGAGAACUUAGCUGGAGAUAAAAGUAUUGUAUAAACAUUUACAGACUGAACUAAAGUUAUUCUUUUACCUGACUACUGCUGAUGAUUGGUACUGUUUUAAACUAUUUACUGUCCCUUUCUUUCCCUGCAUCUGCUUGUACUUUCAAAGUGAGCAGUAGCUGAACUGGUUAUGGGAGCAUCUGCAGGCCUCAGAGCAGCAAAACUGCGGCGCUGCACACAGCACUGGGGUUUUCUGCUUUGGUGCCAUCAACAUUUGCAGUCAUUACUGCUUUUGUAACCAAAAUGACAAAAUGUUUUAUAAACAAAAUGACGCCCCAUAUAAAAUAACACAGCAAGAUAGAUGCUUUCAAGAGAUCAGUUAAGAAUACUUCUGGACAGGAAGGCUAGCAGUCUGUAUGUGCUACUGCAUGUCACCUCUCAGUUUUGUAGAUACAUUGUCUAAUAGUACUUGUGUGUGGAAAAGGUAAUCUUCACUCGUGCAUCAUCCAAACGAAUUAAUGAGUACUUUCAGCUUCUACACUUCUUCCACACAAAACGCCAGUUCCAUCUUUUCAGCAUUCCCAGCUUGGCAAGUUCUGGGCCGGAAAAUGCCAAGCAAAGUCCAUGGCUUGUGUUACUUGCAGCCCUUGUAAAUCCAGCAUGUGUGUGUUGUUGUGAGCUUGAGAGGGCCCAAGGAAAGAUCUGUUUUGACAUUAUUUGGAGACCUUUGAGUUCAAAGCAGUGAAUGUUCCUGAGAUAAUGGUGCUGUGCUGUUCCUCUUAAGAGCUUUUAGGAUUUUUACACUAUUGCUGAGGCAUUUUGUCCUGUGUUGUUCUCUGCUAGAAAGCAUGACGUCCCCAUUUGCAGGACACUGCAGCUUAAAACACUAAGCCAGAAGUGCAUGGCUCCUGUGGCUGGAAGAGGUCUGUGUGCAGAAGCAGUGCCUGGGGGCACACAACGAGCUCGCCCAUCCCCAGCCCCCAUGAGCUGAUCUGUGCCCUUCUCGCUAAUGGAAAACGUGCAAUGCUGGGGCUUAGCUUGGUUUUCUUGUACUACAGACUAAGUUAAGUCGUAUUACUUUGCAUUUGCCACGGGCUGAAAGCACACGCAUGGGCAGAAACCUGGGCUAAGCUGACUCACGGAAACUCGUUGAGCGGUGGUAACCUGAUGUCGAGCCCUAAUCCGCAGACUGAGCUGAGCUGAGCGUGUGGCUGCUGGCCACACACCACUCGGUACAUGUGAGCAGGGCAGCACGGUGACGAGUGGCAGGUCCCCAGGGACACGUGGCUGUGGGAAGGGAACCCCUACAUGCAGCAAUGUAACACAGUUGGGAUAAAAGGGGUACCCUCCUAAAGUUUCCUUUUGAAGCUUGGUGUAGGGAUAUGAAGUAAAGUGAGCUGACAGAAGGCUGGGUGAGACCUGUCCCCAAUGCCGCCGUGCCAGCACCUCCUUGUGUUUCUCUCACAGUGCUGCUUAGGUUUCAUUCAUCCAGGCGGUUUUUGGGCUCAGGAAUUUGUUGUCCAGGAACUGGUGCAAGGCCAGUGGAGAAGAACAUUCUACCUGCCAUUAGCACAACCACUCAGAUGUGUGUCAUACUGGGUGCGAUCUCCUGUAGGAAUCUGGAAGUGGAGAAAGGCAGUUUCCUUGGUAUCGUAGGCAGGCAGAACUUGCGUUCAGAAACACAGAGAAACUUGGCAAGCUCCAGGCAGCUGAGAAGGGCUCCAAGUUUUCCAGAGACUGUGCAGCAGCAGACAAGGUGCAGAGCAGCAGCACGCCAGCCCCACAGCUACCACAGCAUCUUCUAGGGCUACUACAGCAUCUUCUAACUGAGCAGCUCUGUCGUGUGCAUGCAGUCAGAGGUGCUAGCAAAAUACUCUUUAAGCACCUUUAGCACAAAUGUGCAGCUGCAGAAGCAGAGUAGCUCUGCUCUUCCUUGCAUGGCAGCAGCCAAGCUAUUCACUGUGUCCCAGUUAGGAAAUACCAUAUGCUCCUCCUGGGAGCAGUUGGUUCCACUUCUAAGUAUAACUGCGGGCAAACCUUCUGGGCAGGAGCUUUCCUCUUGGCCGUGGCAGACAAGGGGGAAACUCCAUUUAACUCUCAGAGCUGGGGUUACAGUCUGCAGGCAAGUAAAGGUGAGAACAGCUGUUUCAGGUGUGUUGAAGAAAAAAUGGGGCUGUAGAUUGAUGUGGAAGGCACUGACAUUAGGUAUCAGGAUCAUCACUGGAGUGGUUGUUAGACCCUUCUUGCACUGAGAACAGAAAAAAUGUCAGAUGUGAAGGGAACUCCUUGUCCUUUGCAGAACUCAUCCCAGGUUACACUGGGUGUCUCAGCUGGCAACAUCCCUUGCUCCAGCCUCGUUCUUGUUGCUGUUGGUUCCAAAUUCUUCAUACCAAGACAGGUAUUGUUUUAAGGAUGGGGAUUUUCAUAGCAUGAGAAACGCUCUCCAUACCUUAACCAGAAGCAGCCAGGCAAGCCAAUGUGUAGUUGGAAUCAAGAUAUCACCUGUAAAAUGUUGGCUAGUGCACAAGAAGCAAGGAAAAAAAAAUAGAACUUGGGUUGUCCUAAGAAAUGUGCAAAGACAAGAGCAGUGACAAACAGUGAGUUGCAUCACUACCUUUAGACCUUGGUCUGAAGCCCAGGGUGGAGCUCCUCAGUAGCUACAGGCAGCACAGAAGAGCUCCUCUGUCCUUUCCAGCCCACAGGACCUCCUGGGCCCCAGGUCACCAGGUCACUCCAGCUGAGGCUGGAGACUUGGGGUCUAGGCAUGAUGGAUGCCAUCUGGCCACCCUUCCCAUUGCAUUCAAUUGCUGCACGACUCAGACACAGCUGAGAUCCUCCCCUCGUGCCCUGAUUUAGUGGCAGAAAUGCUCCCACUCUCCUGGGUCAGGCACUCAGGCUCUGAGCCUUGCCCCAUCUCUCAGCUGCCAUUCCCACCCUCUCUCUACAAAUGAAUAACAAACAUGUGCCUAUGGCAGCCAUAUGAACCACGCUUAACUCUGAUAGAACGACUUCUGUUUGGUUCCCAGCCUCUGGCCCUCCUGCGUGCACCUUGCCAACCACACUGUUUAUUUACUUAUUAAGUAGCGGUGGUAUUAAACAUUUCAAGAACACGCCACACCUCUGGAACAAUGUGGUUCUCAUUACCAUUGAUGUGUUUGCUGAGGCACUUCAGGCUGAACCUGACCAGUGAUUGCCUUCUGCUCAUAUGGUUUAUUCCACGGAGGGCUGAUUUCUCCCGGCAGGAACAGUGUCUUCCCAUGCGUCACCGUGCAGCACGCCGUGCUCUGAUGCUGCCUGGAGCGUCCAGAUGCUGUGGUCCAAGAGAUAAUUUUGGUAAAAUAGAAUAAGGUCAGGCAGAAACUCUUCCUGCCGCCUGUCCAAAGCACGUAUGGAUGGUGCAACCUCUGUUCCUCUCCUUGCCAGGACUGGGUCUGAGCAGUAUUCAGGGCUGGCCUCACAUUCCCCCACUGAAUGGGAUGAUGGCGAUUAGUAAACCCACCUGAGAAAAUCCUCUUAAAUUCUUAUCUUCGAUUGUGUUGUUAAUUGGCUGCACUUAGAGGGAAGAUUAAUGGAUCCCACACGGCUGUCUGGGGGAGAACUUGGGGUUCCUUGCCACCAGCACCACCUUUUCAUUCUCAAUCAUGAACUCCUUCCUGUUUCCAGGAUAACCAAGCAGUUUUUAUUAGGAUCUGAAAGAAAAGGCUAACAAACAAAUAAUCCCCCCCAAACCAAACCAAACCAAACCAAACGCCAGAGUUUCGAUGUGCUGAGGGUCUGAGGGAGCUGACUAAUGCCAUUGUGCAGCAUGUUAGCCAUCGGAGUGCCCUACAAGAUCAUGUUUCUUUGGCAUCUUCUGGGUGAUUUCCUUAUUCAUCUUUCAGUUGUUUUCUUGCUUUAUUAUUUAUUUUGGAACCUCCCCGAUUCAGUCCUGCUAUCACUCAGCCCCUACACUGGCAGAAAUCUUGGUGCCAGAGCAUUACGAGCAAGGUGGGCUUGCAGUGCCUACUAAAAAUGAAGUGCUUAAUGAAGUUAGGGAUUAUUUUUGUUGGCACAUUUCCUGCAAGAAGACUGAGUUGCAUUUCAAUAUGUUUAUUUCUACCACUUGCUCACUCCAAUUCCAUCCACACACUCCAGUAGUUUCUGUUUGUGUAUUCAGUGCUAUUUUGCACUUGAACCCAAGGUGACUGCUGUGAGUACGUUCUGACAGAAGCACUCGAUCUUUUGAUUUUUAAGUAUUGCUCAGUAAAUAACAUAAUAGAUGGAAAACAAAAUUUGACUGUGUACAUUUGGACAAAUAAGUCUGAUGCUGCAGAGGCUAAUGAGUGGCCAAUAGCUAAUGAGUCCAAGUGUCCCAUUCCCAUUGAGUUCAUGGCCAUUCCAUGGGGAGAGCUCUCUCACCACUGCCCCCAGGCUGCUCCUGCACUGCAGCACGGAGCAGAGGUACCAAACCCAACUUUAAAUAAGCUGCCACAGGCAGACUCACUGCAGCAGCACAGAGUUCAGCACGUCCUGUGUCUUGGCAAAAUCAAAUACCUCUCUAGAAGAAUUCUUUGUAAGCAAACCUCCAUAUCCUAAGAAAGACUUUUGCAACUCAGAAAGGAGAGGGACAACUAUGAGUGAAAUGAAUUUGGUUCACAUCAUUUUCUUAUGACUGUCUCAAACUGUUUGUGCCCCACAUGUGGUUGCCUGUAGCUAUCGUGAUGUUCUCACUUCUCUGUCCACUUCUGUUGUGUUUUCCUGCGGUGAUGCUCUGAGACUCCAGCUGAUGCUCACUGGGCAGCACUGCCGAAGGGACACGUGGCAGUGGUACCUGCAGGGAGGCUGCAGACAGCACUUGGGGUUUGUCUCUGUGCCGUUGGAUGAUGUAGGAAGGUGUACUCGCGGUGACAUGCAAACCUCACCCCCACAAGGAGAGCAGAUGACCAACUCAUAGGAGGAGACCAUGUGGCAGAAGGCUGUGUCUGUGUUUGUGGCCCAGCACGCACCCCAUCCCCGCUGCUCGCUGCCAGCUAGGACUUGUCUGAAUUUUUAGUGUCACAGCAAAGUUUUCUUAUGCUGAAACGUAUUUGUAUCAUGCAACUUCCUCAGAAAAAUACCCAAAAGAUGAUCUCUCUCUGACUGCCCUCUCCUCUCGAGAAGCUCUUCUCUUCUGUACAUAUGAUAUGCAGAAUGUAUGGAAGUCUUUCCAGCGUUGGUUUGCAUUUCUAAGACUGUACUAAUUAACGUGUGAUACUAUUGUGUUUUUGUAGUGGCAUCUUUGAUGUAAGAUGUAAAAAGUAUUGAAAAUGAUUUUUUUUUGUUCUCGUUUGGCUUUUAGAGCUAGCACCAAGGACUGCAUGCUCACUAGGAUCAGCCUUUCCAAGGGCUGUAACUGCACACAGCGCCGUUGUUUGACGUGUAGUACUGCGUUCUCAUUUUCACAGGGGUCAGUUCUGAGUGGAAACUUCCUGAAAAGUCUGAGCUUCUGGCUUUCUCUCUCUCUCAGACUCAAGCUUUUGAUUCACAGGCAGAUGUGAGACCCACACGGCGGUCCCCAGCCCUUGUCCCUCCCAGAAGCACCCAGCCCCACUGCCAUCACCUCCAGUUGGGUUGACACUGUUGGCCGCAUCAGGACAAGAGUUGGGACUAAAAUUGCAACGUAGUUAAAUGCAGCCUGAGCUGCAAGUGCGAGGUCAGAAUCCCAUUGGGGUGCUUACCAUAGAGUUUGGGGUCAGAUACUGUGGGAUAGGGCCACCUGAGGGCUCUGAUCCACAUUUCUAGGCAGGCUCAGAAGGCCUGUGGGCAUACUGGCUCUGAGAGAGAUGCUUCUCCCAGUCGUGUCCUGGGCCAAAAAGUAAGACAUGCUGCAGCUUACUGAUCCCUUUUCCUUUCUUUUUUAACUUUAUGAAGGAGAAAGCAGCUCAGACUGCACCUGACAAAGUGACUGACUUCAAAGCAUGUUUUUCUUCAUUGUAUAGACACUCACAAAACAGCAUUGUGUGAUUAAAAGGCGCAUUUGUGAUAGUUUCUUUUCCAGUGCCAAAAUAUAUAAGCAGUAUUGUUUGAAGGGAAAUAAUAAGAAUUUUUUUACUGUAUUGUUAUUACUGUUGAACAAAUAUUGUUUUUAAAUGUUAGAUUUUGAAGAAUUUUGUAUUGUAAACUGUUUUGUGACAUGGUGCUUUUUCAUACUGGAAUUAUUGAUUGCACCUAAAUAUGAAUUAUUUUGUUUUCUUAUAUAAAUAUGUAACCUUGAACAAUUUCAAUGACAACCAAUGUACGGUGGAUACUGAAGGUUCACGCAAAUUCUCCUACUGAAAUCCCCUAAGUGUUCUUUCCUACUAAUAAAUAUUCUGCUGCAGCCA